AAAUGGAAUCAAAAUCAAUGACAAUCAGCACUAAAAUACAACAGUCUAACUAUUCUGCACUAUCUAAUCUACCUCGACACAUUAUUAAUUAAAUAAAAAGUGAAGGUAUUAUAACAAUCCAAAGUUAGGUGAAAUGUAUAUCACUGCACCUAACAAAUGCUCGAGAAUAUGGAUGGAAAUGAGAAAAAAUGAUUUUGUGACAGAUGCUCAAUUAAACUUUACGAUUGUGCAAAGAAUCUUUGAAGCAUGUAGAAGUGAGAUCGUAUAAUUAUUGAAACUGUAAAAUGAAAAGGAUUUCUUUGAGCUCUUCGAUUAGGAUAAUGAUGGGUAAGAAUUAAAUGAAUUCCAUUAGAAUUUUGAAUGAAGAUGAGUAGAUUUUGGUGUUUUCAGUCAUCAAAGAAAAAAUGCAUUAGGUUGCUACUGCUUUGUUGAAAAUUUAAGAAUACAUAUUAUUUAAACAGCUAAUGAAAGAAUUGAGAAUUCUAGAAGCAAAUAUUGCAGAUUAUCAAAAUUAAUUGAGAUAACGUAUAUCAAUCAAGGAGAGAAAAGUUUAUAAGGAAAUAGGAUAAGAAAAGCUCGAUGAUUUUUAUGAUAAAUACUAUCAGGAAUUUUAAUAGCUAACAAAGUACAAAGUAGACAGAAGGUACUCAUAUUAUAUUUAUGAAGAGCAUAAUUAAAAAUAUCUUAAGAAAAAGAAUUAGGAUUGUUAGAGGAUCGACUCUCUAAAGAUACAGAAUUAAUGAAGGUGAAACCAAAAAAAAAAUUGAAGGAUCUACAAACACAAGAAAAGUUGGUAAGUCUGGAGGAAAGAGUAGAAGAAGCCUUAGAUUUUAGAAAAGAAUUGAAAGACCUAGAGAAGCAUGAAUAAGACAGAGUGUAUAAGGUUUAAAAAUAUCGCAUCGAAAAAUAACACAGUGAUUUAUUAUUUAAAUAGCAGAAAGAAAGAGAAUAAUUAGAGGGUAAACUAUAAGAAACAGAAUAUAAAUUAAUCAUACAAAUGAAAAAGGAUUAUGAUGUUCUACUUAAGCAAAUCAAUCUACAUAAUAAUGAAAUCACCAGAAUUUAGAGUUUAGCAUCCAAUCAAGCUAUGAAGAAGGGAUUGUAUGAAGGAGAAGCUAAAAGAUAGAAGGUUUAAUCUUAAUUAUAAAAUGCUAUCAUUGCCUAAACUAAAGCUAUAAGUCAACCUGAAUCUAAAAUUAAUGAUCUAGAUUAAUUUCACGAAUCUGAAACCAUUAGAAAAUUAGAAACUCGAAAGAGUCUUUAAUUCGUUGGUUCUCCUGGUAAAGUAAAUAAUAUUGAAUAUCUAAGCCUGUUUAUUCAGAGGAAAGUGAAAAAACUCCUAUGGGUUCUGCAUUUAAUGGAAAAUCUAAGAACUUUUACCAAAUUAGAAAAAUUAUCAAAGAGUCCAAAAACAUCACUCAAUUCUAUAUUAAGAAAAAUUACGGUGCUGUACUCUAAUCAAUAAUUUCUUUAGGAUUUACCAGUCAAUUUUAUUAGGAGUGCCCAUAACAUCUAAGGGGAUUAACAUGAAAAGAUAGAGAGAUUUCUAUCUGUUAAGCGAAAAUCUUAGCAUGAACUCUUACCACCUAUCACUUAAUUGUACGAUGAUGAUAUGUAAGAAAAGGUAUGGUAUCAUAAAAUAUGUUUAGUAAAUUAAAGCAAUAACUUAGACUGAUCAAGAAAUUAAAAGAGAAAAAGCACUUAAAAGAGCAUUUAUUAAUGAAAAACUAUUUAGAAAUGAUUGA